AUGGAUGACAGCAACGGUAUGCUGUCCAACGCCAACGGAGAUGAGGUCCUCAACUCUUACCACCUCCCUCGACCCUUGCCUCUCUGGUUGAAUUCGGCCUACGCCAAGCACAUCGUCAAGGGCAACUUCAUGACGCUGAGUGCGAGACCGAAGACCGUGGACCAAGGAGAGUGGAUCGCACACCAGGUUGUCGAGCACUACCGUAACCUGUGGAACUUCGUACGAGUUAUCCACGAGAAGGAGGAAGAUAGAAGCACUAUAUGCAACCCGUCUACCUGCCCCCGAAUGUCCGCUGGCGCUAAUCAUUCUUUCACGUGGCUCAACGCGGAGCGGGAGCCUGUCGAGCUUCCGGCCUACGAGUAUAUCACGCUUAUGCAGCGCUGGAUCUCUGGCAAGAUUGACAACACAACUAUCUUCCCCACGGACACCAACGGCGUCGCUUUCUCACACAACCCGGCGAUCACGACCACCCCUCUCUCCCAGCUGUCCAACCCGGGCGACAAGGACUGGCUCGGCAAGCGAAGUGGCUUCCCGGAGAAGUUCAUGGAAGUCUGCCAGACCAUCUUCCGCCAGAUGUUCCGGGUUUAUGCUCAUCUCUACUGGGCUCACUUCGUCGACCCCUUCUACCACCUGAACCUCGAGAAGCAACUGAACAGUUGCUUCAGUCACUUCGUGCUAACCGCUUGUGCGCUUGACAUGCUGAAGCCGCACGAGCUGGAGCCGAUGCAGCCGUUGAUCGACCUCUGGGCGUCCAAUGGUACUUUCCCCCCUGGUUCCAAGGCCUAUGACUACGCAAACCAUCGUGCUGGAGAUCGACUGAUGCAGCUUUCGAACACGGCCUAA